GCUAUACUUAGUUGAGUUCAAGAAUGUCUACAAAAGUUGUAACUGCCGUACCACCCAAGAUCACUGCAGUUUCUGCAAUUGUUCCUGGCAAGUUUGAGUUUCGUCUAAGGGUUCGUGUGAUUCACUAUUGGACACUUCCUGAACGCUACAACUCUACAGAUAUAGGAAGUUUGCAUAUGAUCUUGCUAGAUGAUAAGUGCGGCAAAAUUCAGGCCACCGUUAGAAAGAAUUUGAUUCCUACAUUUAAGGAGCAGAUUGAAGUAGGUUCCUCAUACGUGUUUGAAAAUCUUAUGGUGGGUAGCAACCACCCUUCCUACAAAGCUAAGACACAUAAGUACAAACUGAAUUUCAUGCAAUCAACUAAAGUAUUCAAAGUUAAUGCUCCUGAUAUACCUCAAUAUCAUUUUGAUUUCAUACCUUUCUCUGAAAUUUUGAGUGCUACUAAAGAAGACAGGUUACUUGAUAUUAUUGGCCAUGUUGUGGAAACAAAUGUCGUCAAUGAAGUUGAGAAAAAUGGAAAAAAGAGUAAGGUUAUGGAUCUGACUAUUGAAGAUUUAGAGAGCAACAAAAUUCAUUGCACAUUGUGGGAGGAUUUUGCAGAAAUGAUGCAGAAAUUUAUGGACAACCAUAAAUCUUCUGAUCCAAUAAUCAUGAUACUUCAAUUAUGCAAACUGAAAAAGUUUUUUGGUGCUAUGGGAGUCUCUAAUGCUUACUAUGGAACUAAAAUGAUGUUGAAUGCGGAUUUGAUAGACACUGCUAAUUAUAUAUCUAAGAUGAAUGGUACUGAGAUAGAAAUCACACAAGGAGUGAGUCAAAUGUCUGGUCCAACAAUUGUCCCUCUAGCAGAUGACUUGCUCCAGACACAAAAAAUGACAAUUGAGAACUUGAUAGAAUCCACUGAGAAAUGUGUUGGUACUGUUCUAGCAAGAACAUGUGAACUUGAGAGAGAUCUUGGAUGGUAUUAUCAAGCUUGCACAAAGUGUGCAUCAAAGGUUACUACUAGAACUGGGGUUAUUUACUGUGAUAAAUGCCAGCAACCAAGGACCGCUAUUCCUAGGCAAGUAAUUUAG